AAACUAGUAAAAAAAAAAAAAAAAAAAAACUUAUAGCGGGGGCUGUUUAUCUCUACUUUAGUGAGGCGUCAACUUCUACUAGAGUUGUCUUCCUCCUAUAAAGUUGUGACUAGAGACGAGGGACUUUGGUGUUCGCAUCACCCGGAGCGGACAGGAGCGGAGCGGGGUGUUUAUUUGGGCAUUUUGAAGACGCUUCAUGCUGGAGCUUGAAGGUGACUUCCUUUAGAGCCACUCACAGGGAAGAAAACAUUUUGUGGAAACCAGACUAAAAAGGCCACUUCGCCCCCUUACAUCAUACUGGAAGCUGCAUGAUCGUAACAUGGCUCAAAAAUCCCACUUCCCAUGGACACUCCUUGCAGUUUGCUGUCUGACCAAUGCAGGGCCUAUGUCUCGCAGCCCAUGUGAGCUGCUGCCAGUUGGGACAGGACACCCGGUGCAGGCCAUCACAAAAAACUACACCAUUAUGUCAGGGUGUGCAAGCAGAGGCACUGCCACCCUGCCUCAGGAGGUGCACGUCAUCAACCUGAGAGGACAUGCUCCAGAAAGUCCAGACAACACGCCAGUGAAAGUUGAGCUGCAUCUGAAGCCCAUCCAGUCCAUGCUGCACCACCAGAAGCCUCUGGUCUUUUUGCUGAAUUCCCCCCAACCGCUGAUCUGGAAUGUCAAGGCAGAGAACCUGGAGCUGCACAUUAGACAUACCUUUCAUGUAUCACAGGGCUCAGAGGUCCACUUUCAGCAGAGAAACUCCUCACUGUUCACCCAGGUCCAGGAGAACCUUCCUCGCGGCAACGGGCACCUCCUCAAAUAUGCCCAGGAAAAGUACGGGGCAGUUACUUCAUUCUCUGAGCUCAGAAUGACUCGAGCCAUCUACAUCAAAGUUGGAGAAGAUCUGGGGCUUUCUGACACCUGUGAGAUCGACUCUUCAUUUCUGUCACUGAAAUACCUGGGCAGCUACGAGGAGCCACAAGCAUCCAGAGGUUGUGUUCUGUCUGCACCCGAGAAAAACAGAGAAGUCCACAUUAUUGAGCUUCAAUCCCCAGACUCAAGCAGUUCUUACCAGGUUGAAGUGUUUGUGGAUAUAAAGCCUCUGAAAGAAAGCAGCCUGGUGGUUAGUGACGUCGUCUUGCUGCUCAAAUGCGAAAAGUCGGUCAACUGGGUUGUCAAAACCCACAGUGUGAAUGGGAAGCUGUAUGUGGUGGCUUCUGACACAAUGAGCGUGAACUCUCACAUGAGUGUGUCACAGUACCCCAGACAGAGCUUGCCUUCAGGGCCGCAAGCAUUGAUCAGUUGGGCACAGGAACAUGGCUACAGUCCAGUAACGUCUUACACCAACACACCAGUGGCAACCCAAUUCAACAUCCGACUGAGAGAGCCAGAUGCGGUGGCUCGUCCAGAUGGCGUCCCCUUUCUCCCCCAGUUCAAUUCUGGUCCUCGGCUAAAUAACGGACCUGCAUCACGGCUCUCCGGUCAGCCCUUUUCAUUCCCUCACCCCUUGCCUGGUGGCUUCCCAAUCUUUCCUCCUGAUCUUGAGGAGCGUAACGUUCUUGACAUUGGUGUCCAUGUGAAGUGUGAGGACAAGAGGAUGGUGGUCAGUGUUGACAAAGAAAGCCUGAAAGCGAAUGGGUUCACCAACGCCAGCCUUACACUACAAGACCCAGAAUGCAAAGCAGUGGUUAAUGCCACCCAUUACAUGCUGGAGACUCCUCUGACUGGGUGUAAGACCACCCUGCUUCCUAUGUCUGAUAAUGUGAAGGUCCUCCAUAUAAACAAUGUGAUAAUAAAUCCUGUUCAGGCCGGAGGCGGUGGUCUGGUGGACGAGGAUCAGGAAUUCAAACAUGGGCCAUUCACAAGUGGCCCAGUGGAGUACGAUAGGAUAUUAGCAGAACAAAAACAGCCAACAUCUUUCAUAGAGUUCAACUGCACAUACAGGAAGGAUGAAAGGAUUUCAACAUCUACUCAUAAGAAGCCAACCAGGCCACUGGCCAAUGACGUGACCUUUGACAUGGAGCUCUAUGACACACUGCCAUUCAACACUCCUUCACGCCAGGCCUUCUACACAGUUUCCAAGCAUAAAGAAGUGUUUGUAUCGGUCACAUCAACCACAUCCAACCCAGACGUUGGGUUCACCAUCACAUCGUGCUUCAUUUCUCCCGAUUCCAACUCCAAAGUGUCCUCCAGCUACAUGCUCAUUGAGACAAUUUGCCCCAAGGACGACUCUGUUAGCUACAUCUAUCAGGGCGACGUCUCUCCUUCUUCUGCAACGACGGACAAUAAAACUUUCAGUUUCACCUUCGACUCCAAGUUAAAUUCAGAAUUUCUAUUCUUGCACUGUGAGGUGUCGGUGUGCUCAAAGAGGAAUCAGAGGAAUCAAGAGCUACCCCAGUGUUUGACCUGCGACUCAGUUUCUCCUGAUUCAAUCGUGCAGUUGAUGUUGAACAUCAAGGUGUUGACCAAGAAGCUGAUUGUGCUCGGAGAUUAUAAAACCGCUCCAAAACCACACGGACCCCCUAAUGAAGAAACGCUGUAUAUGCUGGAUACACCGACAGUAAUGGGGAUCGCCUUUGCAGCCUUUAUGAUUGGAGUUCUACUGACUGGCGCCCUUUGGUUUAUCUACUCACACACAAGAAAACAGACCAAUAUCCCAAAAUGAUCCUUCUCUGGGCAGUUUCUACGCCAGGCGGGACAGCUGGUAGACAGCCGGUCCAGAGGCCCCAGCCUGUAUCAGAACACAGCAGUGCAGCCCCCAGCAUCGGCAGCACGCAGAGCACGCCGUGCUCCAGCAGCAGCACGGCGUAGCCCAGGGAGCCGCUCGACGGGACACUCGCAGCCUUGCUGCAGCACGACGACGAGCCAACACACUCCAGUUGGUUUGUUGACAUCUCAAAGUUCAACUUAGGAAACAAAAGGUCCCAGUGGUGCUCUAACUGGGAACGGGCCACUGGACUGUCCACAUGUCAUUGCUGAGUGAUGCUUUGGUUUACCUUCUUAAUUUGUCUGAAAGAAAAAUACAAGAAACAAAUGAAAGUUUAUAUUAGACAUGUUUCCAUUUCAAAUCCAAAUGCAGUUUUUUUUAACCACAGCUCUGCCUUUGUUUUGGCCUUAAAUGGCCUGAUGUGUUUGUACUGAGCAGGCUUACUCCCAAGCCUGCAGCAGUUAGGAGGUGAUGUGUUGAUGGCUGGACCGUAACACAUUACUUAAGGACGUGCAUCCCUGAAGGUAGCGGAAAGCACAAACAACCACUAUUGAAAUGCAGACAGAUGUGCAGUAUGAACGCAAGUCAUCAUCGUGACGAAGAGAACCAGUGGAUUAUGAAACUGGUGUUGAAUGUAGAACAGAAGAUAAAACACCAACAGAUGUGAACAGAAAAUGUGAAAAAAAACAA